AUGGACUGCAUCAAUUCCCAGUGUGUCGACCCCUGUCAAAACUACACCGCACUGAAUGAUGACUGGCGUUCAACAAAUAGCACAAAUACUCAGGUCAUCCACUGUGAUCGAAAUAUUGACUGGCAAGGCUGGUAUCGCCUGUUUCUGGUCCAAAACAGUGCUCAUAUUCCAGAAAGGUGUAUAGAAUCAUUGAGGUGCGGAACCCAUGCUCCUAUGUGGAUAACACAGCCUCAUCCCAUGCAGUCAGGUGAAAUUGUAACUCGCACUGUGUGCAGUUCUUGGAAUGGCAACUGCUGCUGGUUUCAGUCACACACCAUCCAUGUCAAACUGUGCUAUGGAGACUACUAUGUCUACAAAUUUGUGAAGCCCUCUAUAUGCAGCCUUGCAUACUGUGCAGAGGUGAAUACAACAUACCCUGGAGUUCCCACAACCACAACCACACCAAGACCACAGACCUCUCCAGCCAACUGGGUCAAUGUCACUACCUCAGCACCAGUGUACAACAGCACAGCGGUUGAGGGGGAGGUCCGUCUGGUUAAUGGAGGAAACAGCUCCUGCUCUGGCAGGGUGGAGAUUUUCCACAGUGGACAGUGGGGGACAGUGUGUGAUGAUUCCUGGGACCUGGUGGAUGCUCAGGUGGUGUGCAGACAGCUGGGAUGUGGCAGGGUCCUCUCAGCACCAACAAAUGCACGAUUUGGACAGGGCCGAGGACCCAUCUGGUUGGAUGAUGUCACAUGCGCGGGCAGUGAAUCAAAGCUCUCCGAGUGUUACCACAGAGGGUUUGGAUCUCAUAACUGCGGUCACCAAGAGGAUGCAGGUGUUGUCUGUGAAGCUGCUUCACCAGUGAGGCUGGUCAACGGUCAGGACCGCUGCUCUGGCAGAGUGGAGGUCUUCGUUGAUGGACAGUGGGGCACAGUGUGUGAUGAUUCCUGGGACCUGAAUGAUGCCAGCGUGGUGUGCAGACAGCUGGACUGCGGAAGGGCUCGUUCAGCACUACAAAAUGCAGCUUUUGGAGUGGGAAGUGGGCCCAUCUGGCUGGAUGAUGUUAGAUGUGUUGGAAAUGAAUUAUCAGUAACUGACUGCAGACACAAUGGGCUUGGAGUCCACAACUGUGUUCAUAAUGAAGAUGCCAGUGUUAUAUGUGAAGUCCAGCAGCCUCCAUCCCAGCGUCUUCAAUUAAUAUGUGCCCGUGAUAAAAUCCAAGUAGGUCUGCAUGUGGCCAGCAUGUCAUCCUCUGGUUUGAACCCAUUCUCGGGUAACCUGGCUUCCAGCAACUGCUCCUGGGUCAGGGUGCGUGAUGAUAUCGUUUGGUAUGAAAUGGAGACUCAGGCAGGUGCCUGUGGAAACACACUGAGGACCAACAGCACACACGCCAUCUACUCCAACAGUUUAUUCAUCUACCCACUAACUAAUUUAUCCUUCAUCCUUCCUGUGAGUCUUCCCUUCUCCUGUGCUUAUCCCCUGGACACCGAUGCCAGUCUGAAUGUGGCUAUCAGACCAGUCCUGUCGUUGGCUGGAGGUAUUUCAGGCUCGGGUCCAAAAGCUAGAACCUCCAUGUCUCUGUUCCGCAACUCCAACUACACUGCGUCUUAUCCAGCAGGCCAGGUCACCCUCCCAGUGGGUUCAGCUCUUUAUGUGGGCGUCUCUGUGCAGGAGACAGACCCAGCUUUGGCAGUUGUUCUGGAGGACUGCUAUGCCACUCACUCACCAAACCCCAAUGAUCCCACACAAUAUCCUCUCAUCCAGAACAAGUGUCCCACUGACCGCCAAAAGGUGUCAAUAGUUGAGAGUGGCUCAUCUCUCCGAGCUCGUUUCUCUGCUCUGCUGUUCCUGCUCCAGGGUGAAUACAGAGACAUUUAUCUUCAUUGCAGCCUCAGCCUGUGUAACCAGAAGAGCUACUACUGUGUACCACCGUGUACCAGCAGGGCACGCCGCUCUGUUUCCAACUCUGCUUCCAUGAAUCCCAUCACCAUUGGACCAAUCACUUGGGACAAGUCAGCUGAGUGAGCAAGUAACAUACUAUAAUUCCACAAAGACAUUAUAUAGUGAGAGCUUAGCUGCCAAUGUUUUUGUGCUUCUUUUCAGUAUAGAGACCAUUUGAAUAUAGUAUGC